GCCGGACCGCGAAAUGUGCGUCUCCCGUCAGUCGUCCCUUCGUCGAGGGUGUCGCGUUGUGAACGCCGUUCGCUCGUGUGUAAAACGUCCAAGUCCUGAGUAUUGUGGUUUUGUUUUUGUUUUAUGUAAAUAGUUUCUAGAUUUGUUUUCUUCAGACUUCAUCGAGGUUAAAAAAAAAAAUGACUACUACAGUGGAAGUGACAAGUUAUAAUAGGAGGCCACUUGGUCACGGAGACAUGGCUUCAAUUAUGGGCGGUCGGGGUAAACAGUCAACUCUGGCAAAAUCUAUAAGAAGGGCUACACCUAUUCCAGUUUUACCUCCGCGAAUUCCUACACCAAUGCCUAAACCGCAAAAAGAAGAUGUUUCAAAGUUAGAAAUUGCCAAGUACGAAAAAUCGUAUAGAUCUUCACUAGCGACUCAUUUGAAACUGUACAAAACUGAUGCAAGUCAAAACAAAGGCGACACAAUAUAUACUUCUCUGCAACAAAGGCAAACCUCAACGGCGGCAACGUCACCGCGGCCACCGCCGCCCCUGCCGCCGCCUCGACCGACCGCCUCCGGGUCCACGGCGUGCGCGUCCGGC